AUGCAGCAGGAUCUGGCGUAUCCCACAAAGCGCAAGGACAUGACCCUCCUUCACAAGUCACUGCAGCGGUUUGAGAAGGCAAUACAACACACCAUGGCGGUGAUGAAGGAAAUUCGGGAUGCGCUGGAGGAGGUGAGUGUGGCGUUCCACGGACUAACAUUUCUGAGUUUUUGCGGCGAUGGUACCAAGGCGAUGAUGCAGCGCUUUGUGGCGGAGAUGCGGGAGUUGAAGGAUGGGCCAUUGUUCUUGCAGUACAACAAGUGUGUGCACGAGGGCGUAGUGAAACCUGUGAAGCAACUACGUGUGUGGCUUACGGCCGCGGAGUUUCGCGCACGUCAGCGCGACGACGCACUGAAGAAGUACGAAUCUCUGCGGAGGGAAGUGGCGGCGAAGGAGCGGAGGUGCGCCAAGCGUUAUAAGUGCCUCACCGAAAGCAAAACGUACCAAAAGAAGGUAAACCUCUGUGAGGAGAAGCUGAAGUCGUAUGAGGCGAAGACUACCGCCUUCACUCAGUCGUUUGAAAGACUCAUGCUGCAGACGGCGACGGUGACGGAGGUCACGAUGCGGCGGUAUGUUCAGUUGAAUGCGGCGUUUCUUCUUGCCGUUGUGUAUGCGGUCUAUGGGGUCGCAACACCUGCGGAAUUUCAACUGGCAUCACAACUGCCGUCUGUACCAUCCGCUACUCACGUAGCUGCCGCAGGAGGAGUCACCGCACCCGCAGAGAGGGCCACGUCUGCACGAUCCUCUGCGCUGCCUGCGGCAGGGAGAGUGGUGUUUGCGCCUGCGCUUGUAGGCCAUUUCCACCACUGUGGAGGUUCGAUGGAUGGAACAACGGCCGCAUCCCAACAGCUGCGGCAGGAUGUGCCUCUACAGUGCAGUGAGCAUUCCCUGUUUUUUAGAGCUUCCUCAGCAUGUGCCGCCCCGCGCUAUUUGGAUGUCUCAAGGAGUGGUUCACUUCCGCAGUUCCCUGGCGUGGAUGAGACUCACGGCGCCAUGGGCCACUGCUCCGUGGAUCUGUCUCGGUCAAGCCGCCACGCCUUUGACAAUGAGGCGUCUGUCAACGGUGCAGAGGACGGUGAAGCGAUGAGGCCGAUGCUCUACAAUAUUGAUCUGCUGCGCAUGGAGCGAGGGACGCCAAACGACGUCUCUGGUCUCCCGAUUCCCCUGGUAUGGCGGACUCAAGAUUUAUUUGGCCCCAUACAAGACACCCCCGCGUUUGACGUGCGAGACGACGCAUAG